AUGACUGACAAAGACAGUUACAGCUCUAGUUUAUCCAGAGACGCAAGCGACGAUAAUAGUCAAGCUUGCUCAGAAGAAUUGCCAUUUAUCCCGCUAGACUCACGGCCGCAACGCAAAGAAAGAAACUAUAUUCUUGUGCUAUGUCUACUUGAGCUAAUACAACUUGUUGUUUUUGGGCUGGCCUUUGGAUUACGGAAGCCAACGGAAGGAUGCCACAAACAAUGGCCAGAUGUGAACGGCUAUUCUUCUUUAUCCGCGUAUAACAAGACGGUAACCUACAGCAACGAUCUCCAUCUAGUAGAGCCUUCCAAUUUUGGCGACCACUUCUGGAAUACGUUUAUGCCGAAUUCAGCUGUGGUCGCUAUUGCGACGGACGUGGUGAAAUCCCAAGGCAUUCCUGAGUCUGCCGUAUCUCCCACCAAUUCAAACGUGAUGCUCUACCAGAUCGACGGUUUCCACGAACUACACUGCUUGUGGCGCCUUCGUAGACUUCUUAUUGGUACCGCCACGCGAACGGAUCAUACGCAUACGUUGCACUGUCUUAAUUACAUCAGGCAGACACUAAUGUGCAAUCUUGAUCUGACGCUGGGAAGCACCACCGACUAUGAGAACUAUGGACUUCAUGACAAGCGUGUCUGCCGAGACUACGAAGCAAUUUUCGCGUGGACAGAACGUAACAGUUGGAAAGACUUUGAGCCGUAUCAAGAUAUGAAGACGGAGCACCACAAGGCGAAGUUGAAGUCACUUAACGCUACUGUAGAUCCGGACUACAAAUCCCCAUAUGUCUAA